CGUGGGCUGUAGCGGUUGCAAGCUCGCAUGGCUCGCAAGUCUUGACACGGACUGGUUUGAGUCACCCAAGCUUCACACCAGACGGUGCGACCAUUGGACCCGUACGUCUCCAGUCACAUUUCGUGUCCUAGUAGUUGACUCAACAGCACAUAGACACAACAAAUCUCCGCUUCCGGCGCGGUCACAGCAGCAAACAUGGCGGAGGCGGUUAAGGAAACUGUAAACCAGGUCGUGGAGGGUGUCAAGGACCUCGCCGUGUCUGGCGAGAAGAAGAUCGAAGAAAAGGUCUCUAAAGCUGCGAAGCCCAAGAAAGAGAAGAAGAAGGGCGGCGAUGAUGGUGGUCGCCCUCUGCUGCUCAACCCUGUACCCGCAUACAUCGACCACCGCGUCAAAAUUUUUGAGAAGCUCAAGGCUAAGUACGACGAAGAGAUCGCUCAGAAGCCUCGUGAGAAGAUCACAGUCACACUCGGAGACGGCAAGCUCAUCGAGGGCGAAUCAUGGGUCACCAGCCCAGCAGACAUUGCGCGCGGCAUCAGCAAGAGCUUGUUCGACCGCACCGUCAUCGCUCGCCUCGAUCACGGCACACCCGAGGAGACACUGUGGGAUCUUGAGCGACCGCUCGAGAAGAGCUGCAAGCUGGAUCUAUUGGACUUCGACCACCCAGAGGGCAAGCGCGUCUUCUGGCAUUCGAGUGCACACAUUCUAGGAGAGGCGUCUGAGCGCAGAUUCGGCUGCGACCUCUGCAUUGGCCCCCCAAUUGAGGACGGUUUCUACUACGAGAUGGCUCUGCCUGAAAAGGCUGCUGUAGAGCACUCCGACCACAAGCCUCUCGAGACCAUUGUCCAAAGCAUCGUCAAGGAGAAGCAGGUUUUCGAGCGAUUGACUCUGUCUAAGGAGGACCUGCUGGAGAUGUUCAAGUCAAACCCUUACAAGCAGCACAUCAUCAAGGACAAGAUUGCCGAUGGCACAUCCACAACCGUAUACCGCAACGGACCUCUGAUCGACCUUUGCCGUGGACCUCACGUCCCUCAUACUGGAAGGAUAAAGCAGUUCAAGGUCAUGAAGAACUCUGCCAGUUACUUCCUCGGAGAUGCCAAGAACGACAGUCUGCAGCGCAUCUACGGUGUGUCCUUCCCUGAUAAGGACAGGAUGGCUGAGCACCUCAAAUUCUUGGAGGAGGCCGCAAAGCGUGACCACCGCAAGAUCGGAAAGGAGCAAGAGCUGUUCUUCUUCCACGAGUACAGCCCUGGAUCUUGCUUCUUCUUGCCCCACGGACAGAUCAUCUACAAUACCCUGCAAUCUUUCUUGCGAGAGGAGUACUGGAACCGCGGAUACCAGGAAGUCGGUUCACCAAACAUGUACAACUCGGCGUUGUGGAAGAUAUCCGGCCACUGGCAGCAUUACCACGAGGACAUGUUCACGUUCGACGUUGAGAAGGAGAAGUGGGCGCUGAAGCCCAUGAACUGCCCUGGUCACUGCCUGAUCUUCAAGCACCGUGAGCGAAGUUACCGUGAGUUGCCCAUCCGUAUGGCCGACUUCGGUAUUCUGCACCGCAAUGAGGCCAGCGGUGCUCUCACUGGUCUUACCCGUGUUCGCCGCUUCCAACAAGACGACACUCACAUCUUCUGUACCGAGGAUCAGAUCAACGAAGAAGUCUUGGGCUUGUUCGACUUCCUCCGCGCAGUCUACGGAAAGUUCGGCUUCACAUUCAAGCUGAAGCUCAGUACGCGCCCAGAAGGCUUCCUUGGCAACAUCGAGACCUGGGACAAAGCUGAGGCCAAGCUAACUGAUGCUCUGGACAAGUUCACCGCUGAGGGCGGAGGCGCUUGGGAGCUCAACCCCGGUGACGGUGCUUUCUACGGCCCCAAGAUCGACAUCACCAUCUCGGACGCCCUGAAGCGUGACUACCAGUGCGCUACGAUCCAACUCGACUUCCAGCUCCCCAAUCAGUUCGAGCUUGAGUACAUGACCUCUGAGGUUGCCGCUGCUAAGCCCAAGGAAGAGAAGGCAAAGGUAUCAGAGGCACCAAGGGAGGAGGCGCCUAAAGAGGCUCUCGCACAGAAACAGCCAGAGACAUCUGACGACCUCGCUUCAAUUUCGAAGGCCAUCAAGCCUCCACAGACCGGCUACGCUCGCCCUGUGAUGAUUCACCGUGCCAUCUACGGAUCUUUCGAGCGUUUCAUUGCCAUUCUCACCGAGCACUUCGCCGGUCGCUGGCCAUUCUGGCUGUCUCCUCGCCAGGUCAUGGUCAUUCCCGUCAUGCCCGGCGCCAACGACUACGUCAAGGAGGUUCAGGCUGCGCUCCGCAAGCAGCACAUCCAUGCCGACAUUGACAUCAGUGGAAACACCAUGCAAAAGAAGAUUCGUACCGCACAGCUGGCUCUCUACAACUUCAUCAUGGUUGUCGGUGCCGAAGAGCAGCAGAACCGCGCUGUCAACUGGAGAAACCGUGAUGACCAGGCUUCUCAGCAGCGUGGUGAGAUUGUCCCACUCGACGAGGCUAUUGAGAAGCUCGUCAAGCUGAGAGACGAGCGAACGAUCGAGAAUAAGGUGUAGACGCAAGAUACCAUGGGACUGCAUGGGCAGGCGUACGAGUGGUGAGGUAUGAUACACGUAGCAACCGAAAGU